UUCAGGGGUCAGGAGUUGACUGGCUGCACUCUGACCUUUGACCUUGGCUGUCACCCGAGUGGGAUUAUCUAAUAGCAGUCAACCCAUAGUAUCAGGAUCUGUCCCGUGACCUCCUGCUGCACCUAGCCUGGCACAGCAGUAAACCCAUGGCACCUGGGUCUGUCCCAUGACCUCCUCCUCCUGCACCUAGUAUGGCACAGCACUCAACCCAUGGCACCUGGUUUGUUGUGAUGACAUUACCGCCACGUAGUGGCGAAUGGCGGCCAUUGUCGUUGUGAGUUUGUGGGCUUGUGAGUAAUGGUGAUUGCGUGUGUGACUAUCAUGUCGUGUCUGUGAGUUGGAUGGUAGGGGUGUGUUUAUGAGGGUGAGUGUGUGUGGGUGUGUGAGUAUCAUGGUGAGUAUGUGAGUGAUGGUAUGUGACAGUGUGAGUUUGAUGGUGAUUGUAUCAUGGUGAGUGCAAGCAAUACUGUGAGCUUGACUUAUUUCCCCCCCCCUCCCUUUACCCACUCUUCCUCCCUCUCCCUGCCCUCCCCUCACUCUCCCCCAACCCUCUACUUCCCUGCCUCUAUCCCUCUCGGCGUGGCCGAGUGGUUACUUCUAAAGAAUUAUGGAACUCUUUAUCCCUCUCCUUUCUCCCGUAACUACCUCGCCUGUUAUACAGGAGAUCGUGGGUUUGAUCCCUACCCUCACAUCUGCUAUAUAUUUCGAGUUUGCAUGUCUCUCUCUCCCCGUGGUCGCGUUCAGAGUGUUUGGUUUCUAUAAAUGUCGACGUGAUGAUAGGCCACUUCGUUGACCUAUCAUUUGUGGCAUUUUCCCGUCUGAAGAAGAGCUGUGUAGCACGGUGGGCAUUACCUGGAAAAAUUUAAAUAGUUUAGUUUCCUCUUUUCCUCCUCCCUUCCUCCCUCUCCACACCCAUCCCCCCCAGCACAACAACAAGAAGCAGGAGGAGGAUGGUUUGUUUCCCAAGCCGAGCACUUCCGGGUCCACCUUCAUGAUCCUCCCUCUGCCCCGGGGGUGGGGGCGGGGAGAUCCCCUUGAACAGGGUUACGAUGCUUCUUCUUGAGACGCUUCACCUCACGGAGCCGCUUCUCCAUGGAGCGCUUCUCCUCAAUGAUGCGCUUCUCAAUGAAGCGCUUCUCAAUGACGCGCUUCUCCAUGAGACGGUUCUUGAGGAGAUUGUCUCGAAGGCAUUUCUCCUCUGGGAUGUGCGUCACCCUGGCAAGGCGCUUCAUCUCAAUGAGGCGGUCCUCUUCCAUGGUGCGUUUCUCCUUCGCAAGGUGCUUGUUCUCCUGGAGACGCUUCACCCCGCUGAAGUUCUUCACCUCCCCAAUGCUGCUCUGUUCACGCGACGAAAAGCACAGGACCGUUCAGACAUGCACACGCAAGACAAAAUUCAUACUCGCAGGCACGCAAACAUGGACGGGCACGUACACGAACAAAAAUGCAUACUCGCACAUCUAUGUACGAAUGCAAACAUGAACAUUUACUCAUGCAAACAUGCUAGAACACGUGAAUAUACACCACCUAAUGUUAUAAAAAAUACAUGUUACAUCAUAUAUUCUCACAAGUUCCAUAAACGUACUUAAGGCUGUGAUAGUCUGCGACGAGUUCAUGGCCAUUGUUGGCAACAAUCAUUACGGGCAAAAAAAUGUCCACAAUGUUCGAUUGUAAAGAUCUGGAAGCCCAUAAUCUGGACAAAUUUUACUGCAGCAUCGAUAGUAGGCAACUGGAAUGGCAACUUCCAAUCAGCUCACAGACGGAAUUCAUGAGAUUGCAUGAUAUUCUGUCUUCAUUGGCUAAAUAAAUAGCAACUUGAAGUGCUUGCACGAGUGGGAUAUGGCAGCACGUGAUGGUGGAGAGAUGGAGUGAUGGUGUCGGGAGAUGGUGUUGUGAUAUGGAGGUGAAAUUGUGGAAUGUUCUGGAGAGAUGGUGUCUUGUGAUGGUAUAGACGCAUUAUGAGGCGCUAUGAUGGUCUAUUGAGUUGGUGGUGGUGUGAUGAGAAAGGUGACGUGGAGAGAUGGUGUGGUGAUGUUUUGGUACAAUGGUGUGGUGAAAUGGUGUGCUAGUGUGGAGUGAAUAUGGUGUGUUUGACCCCCAUAGAUCCCAUAGCCACCUUUGGGGAGCGAUGCUCGUAGCUUUGGCCUGGGAAAGGGUCCACUUCAUCCAUAAUGUCCCCCCCACGUGGUCGACUGGCGCCACGACUCCCGGUCUAUGGAGAACAGAAAAUGCAUUCAAAGGACGAGUAAUGAAUUAGAGAACGAAGCACAUGAAGAUUCACAGAACUAAUUCUGAGGUCCCUGUAAUUACCUCUGACCACACAACAGGACCUGCUAUUGAGAAAUAUUCAUCACAUGGCAGUAAAACUUUACGCGUCAUAUUUUUGUAAGCAUGUUGAGAUCAAUUUCAUAAACUUGAGACCCCCAUUUAAACAAAUAUGGCUGAAACUCAGAUCUGGAAUGAGACAAAUUAUUUUACUUUCAGGAAUUUAAUAGUUAAAAAAUAUUCUCAAAAUCAAACAAGUAAAGCUCGAUUUAUCAUUCCCCAUUGACGUCCUUAUCGAUUGAAGCUAUUCGUCCUGAAGUGAAAGCCAUCAAACACAGGAACAACGAAAGUGAAAUCCACAUAUAUCCUGAAACCGAUCAUCUGCAGUAGUUAUUAUUAAACAAUGAGGAAAAUGAAGGAAUUUUAAAAUAUAUAUUGGGCAAAGAUGUGAUCAGUCUUUUCCAACUUUAGCUCAACAAAACCACGAGAGUAAAAUCAGGAAUUGAACCACCUCACAACCACUGCACAUCACACCACAUCAACAAGUAAUCCGAUAGGACUACGAAGCACCACCUUAACGUGACGGAGUCUGGAAUAAACAAGACAGCACGCUCACAUCAUUUGCUGUGAGAAAAUUACAACACAUACCACCUACCAUGAGCACCAGCCAUUUAACAGCCCCGAUGAUCCAAUUACUAGAACAUAAAAGGAAUGCUUUCAUUAGAACACGUUAAAAAGCAUUCACAACAUCACUCUAGCAGGGGUUACUGGAAAUCACUGGAAAAUAUUUAAGAUACACGAAUAUACACAGUGCAACAGUACUCAAUACAUUUGACUCUCCAGCCACUCCACUACAUCCAGCCAUCUCUCAGGAUCAAAACUGCAUGGGGUCAAAAGAAGAAUUGUCGUCAGGACUCAUUACAUCCAAUACAUUCAGCCAUCUCUCAGGAUCCACCAGCAUCGGUUCGAAAAGUGAUUUUUUUUCAGGACUCAUUGCAGCACUUUGCAUUUCACCUUUUGAUUUCACUUCCCUAUCAUUGGAGAUCUUCUGAUGCUUGUUUCGGGGUGAUGACCGUGAACUUGUCCUCUACCUCGUAGAGCAUUUGAAUUGCUUCUCACCCAAGUGUGUUUUCUGGUGAGUGUGAAGAUUUGAUUUUCAUGCAAAUGCCUUCCCGCACACAGCGCAAUUGAAUGGCGUUUCACCCGUGUGUGUUUUCUGGUGACUUUGAAGAUUUUGUUUCAGUGAAAAUGCCUUCCCACCCACAGAGCAAUUGAAUGGCUUCUCACCCGAGUGUGUUUUUUGGUGAUUGUUAAGUGUUGCCGACUGUGAAAAUGCCUUCCCACAAAGAGAGCACUUGAAUGGCUUCUCACCCGUGUGUGUUUUCUAGUGAGUGUGAAGAUUUGAUUUAAGUGAAAAUGCCUUCCCACAAAGAGAGCAUUUGAAUGGCUUCUCACCCGUGUGUGUUUUCUGGUGACAGUGAAGAUGUGAUUCCCGUGCAAAUGCCUUACCACACAGAACAAUUGAAUGGUUUCUCGCCCGUGUGUUUUGUGGUGUCUGUUAAGAGUUUAUUUCUCUACAAAUGCCUUCCCACUGUUGUGUAUGUACCCCCUUUUUAUUUUUUUUAAUAUUAUUUUUUUUAAGGCUUAUUCUGCCAUCAUAUAUAAUAUUGUUUUUUUAAUAGACACGGGGCCACGUGGGAACGAACACGCCCCCACACUUCCACAGAGGCCCCACACUUCCACAGAUGCGCGCAUACCUCAUUUCAAAGGAAAGACGGCAUGAAAGAGGGUAAUCAAGGUCAUAAACUCCCCGAAUUUCACACAAGAGGAACAAGGAAUGGGGGAAUUGCAGGCGGGGGGUUGCAGAACCAGGAGACACGGAGGAAGAGAUAAUUAUAUUCUUAACAAAGAAACAGCAUCGACGACAAAAAGCACAGAUGGGUCUUUGAACCAUGUUAAAUACACAAGUUACCAACUCAACCAUAAAGAUUAAGCAAACAGUAUCCAUCCUCACUCCAAUUGAAAACCAAAAGACAAUCUGCACCAGAAUCGCGACCCAUCAUUGUUAAUUAAGUACUGACAUUAUUUACCUUUAAAGAAUAUCUACACGGCCGGGCCGAAGCAUCAAAGAAUAAUUAGGGCAUCUAUUUCGCUCCAAAACAAAUUCCUAGCCGGGAUAUCAGAUCAAAUAAUCACAAGAAGUCGAAUAAUAAGUACGGAAUUAAAAUAGAAGAGGAAUCAAGGGCGGAGAAGGCUCUCAAAAUUAACCAAACACAACACCCAUGGGAAGCGAGCAACACGACCGCCUUUGUCUUUCCGAGAGGAUCUCCACACACAGGCACCAAGCCAGGAAAUGACACCCAUAAAGGUUGGGUCACGAUGAAACAUCGUGAACACGGUUUCGGCAUAACUGUGCAGAUGGAACCAAGCAGCAAAUAAGUUGCAUUUCAACUUCCAAACCAAACCAACUUAAGCUGUGUGAGACAAAGGAUGUGAUCCCAGAGCAAGGGAGGUAAUAAUUAAGCUCGCUUAACGCGUAAGUUUUCGCGACAAAUAUUAUUCAGUAACAAAACAUGGAUUCGAAUGUUUUUUUAUAACUCGACGCGAAUCAUCGGUCUGGCUAAUGGAUAACUUUGGUGGCACCGUCACGAGACCCCCACCCCUUUCUUCCAGAACGACACACACAGCUGUGUCUUCAAAGCUAAUAAACACACGGACAAACACGCACGCGAAACACACGGACGGACACACACACGGACGCAGAUGGUCCACCCCCACAGGAAGGUUUUAUGACACAGCCUUUGAACAACUCGGGAAGCCGAGUGGAAUUUUCCGAUAUAAACCGAAGGAAAAUCCAUACAAAGUAUAUCGUCCGGGCUUCGGCUCCAACACACAUAUCAUCCGGGCUACGAGCCCAUCUUCGGCUCCACCACAGAUCGACAGGGGCUCUGGCCCCCAUCACAGAUCUCCAGGGCUGUGGCUCCAUCUCUCCUUGUCGCCGCCAACGAAGAAGCUCCUGUCAUUCAGAAUGACGAGGUUUGCGGAGUAGCGACGCGUAGCUACAAGCCGAGGUCUGCACCACCUGAGAAGAAUCGCUACCCUGAGUCGCAGAGUUGCGAGUGAAGCCAACAAAGACGCCAACGUCCACCCUGCCACGAACGAAGCAUCGCUCCUCGUCAGAGUGACGACCAGCGAACAACCCGCAGGAAAGGCGGAGAUCGCUGAAAGAGCGCCAACGAGCAACAACCUUGCGCCACCGUGCGCCACCUUGCGCCACCUUGCGCCGCCGUGUGCCACCGCGCGCCAUCGAGCGACAACGAGCGACACCUUGCGCCACCGAGCGACACCGAGCGACACGAGCGACCGAGCAUCUUCAAGGACAGCAUCGUGCCAACUCGUCAUCUAGCAGUAGAAAGAGAGAGCGCACGAGCAGCACCAAGCCCCCGGAACCAUCAAGCGCCAAGCAAGCAAGUUUCUUCAAGGAACAUCGUGCCAACGCCGCUCAAUCCAGCAGUGGAGAGAGAGAGGGAGAGCAAAGCCGAGCGACACGCCGAGCGAGGGAGCAGCAGGAGCUGUUCGUAUCCUCCCACACCACACAAGCUAACGACACAAUUAAUAUUACGAGGGGACAACGCACACACAGCACGCACACGAAUAAGACUUUAAAAGAAAACUGUCUUUUCGUUUCAAAAAGGGUUGCCAUUUCGAGGUGGUGCGUUCAAUAUCAACUGAUCGUGCAAAGCAGUUGCUGCCGUCGAGUUACAUAAAUGCAUAAGAGUUUUCGUUAUUCAUAUUGCAUAAUUGCAUAAUUUCGCAACUGCAUAAGUUUUUGUCGUUCAUAUUAGUUAAUUGCAUAAUCUUGCCCAUGAAUUAUUGACUCAUGUUUGACCUGCAUGAUAGAAUGUCGCGUGCUUGUUAGAAUAAAAUUGUUAUCACAGAAGCAUAUUGAGUGUUCUUUCCAAGUCCAUGCAAAACCAUCUUAUUCAUAAGAGCUGUAUCCUGCGAUGAGAUAUGAAAAUGGAGACCUAAAAUAUUAUAACACACACUAGGAUAAUCGGUAAAUGAAUCUAUGAUAAUCGUGUUAUCCUGAUUGAUAACUCUGGAUAAACGAAAGCAAAUUAUCAUAACUGCACACAUUAACAUAAUCGCAAGCCUCCGCAUAAAUUACUACGAUUAUCAUAAUUUAUGCAUAUAAUCACACGCAUUAUCAUAAUUUAUGCAUAUUAAUACACACACUAUCAUAAUUAAUGCGAUUUGCGCAUUUUUCGGAAAAUUAUUAAUUUUUAUUAUUUUCAUCAAAAUUUCAUAAUCACAACACAUACAACAUAAUGGGUGGCCCGUCCGGGAUCUCUCGCAGACAGUGUUUUGCAUGGAUGAUGGAAUGAAUCACUUCGUGUUAACCAGAAUAUCAGGAUCGAACAUUGCAUGGUGAUUGUGAACGGGCGGAAAACAAAAAAACGCCCUCUAAGGUUAAAACCCAGAAUAGCAGGUUAAAACAAAGAGUGGAAUUAAGAUAAUAUCGUAUCAAACCAAUUGCAUCCUCUGAUAAAUGGUGUUAGAGGUACGCACUCUGAAUCGGAAAAUAACAGAUAGCUCGAGUCAAAUUGACUACACUCUGUGAGAUAAUUGUUUUAUAUGCACUCUGAAAAGAAAUGUCAAAGUAACUUCCGCCAUACCUAAGAUGCUAGGAUUGAGAAUAAUUUUUGAAUGGGUUACGGGAUACGGGGAGCUCGUAUUUAAACGUACCGACCAAUCUGUUACAAAGCAGUACAGUCAGAGAGACAUAUGGGAAGGGAGCUGUAUCGAUAACACGAACACACCUCGGGGGAAACUAAUUGACUGGAUAAAAGGUAACGAAGGCGAACACGAUGCAAAAACUGCAGAGAAGGCAGGACAGGACUCAUUCCUUCUCACACAGGCAUACAGACAGGGAUUGUGGAAUGAGGGAAAAUUUGGAAAGGAAACGGGAGAGAAAUCAGUGCUCGCGACACCAGCGAAACUCACAGACGUGGAUCCACAGAAUAAAUAUGGAAGUGACAUUAAAUCACACUCUUGGGUACGUGGACAGAGUCCAGGGAUUGAUCGCACAAAAAUUAUGGAUAUCGAACAAAAAAUCAUUGACAAAGGGAAACCCUCACAAUUCGAGAGAAGGGAUGGAGAGAUACAUAUGCAAACAAAAACAUGUGAGACUGACAACUUCACAGAUAGAGGGAGGAAAAAUGUUAAAGUAAAAUCGCCAGGACAUGGUACACUAAGGGCAGAGGCAAAAACUGAAGGGAAAUGGCAACACGAGCGACACGGCACUGGGCGCGCACACAGAAAAUGCACACCACUUAAACACAAGCGACACAGCACAGACCAAAGUGACAGAUUGCCUGAUGAUAACUUGUUUGAUGAUGACGCUGUCGGCAAUCAACUUUCGGAAUACCUAUUCACCAGUAAAACCCUUAAAUUGAUGGACAAGGCUCUAGUCAGAAUUCCCGAUUUUGACCCCCACAAUAAGACUAUGGAUAUCCACACACAUAUCGCAACCGUAGAAGAGGAGGCAAUGAUUAGAGGGCUGAGGAGACGGGAUGAAAAAGCGAGUUUGUUGAAACGGACCUUACAUAAAGAAUCUAUUCCAUGGGUAAAGUCACUACCACACAAGGUUAGAAAUGAUUUUAAACAAUUGAGCCUGGCAGUGAUUCGGAAGUUUGGAGAAUAUUCGACACUCACUGAGGGGUUUUAUGCUGUAAAAUCGAUGACCCAGGGCAUGGACCAAGAUCCACGUGACUACCUCGUCCAAUUUAAAAGAGCGUAUUAUGCAGGCGAUGUGAAUCAAUACCACGAAGGAGAUAAAAUGUUCAAAAUUAUGUUUUUUGAAUCCUUGAGCCCAGAGAUUACAGAAAGGGUGAGGAUGGUUUUGAAUCCAGAAACCGCAUCCUUACGCCGCAUAGAGAGCAAGGCGUACAUGGCAUGGUUGUACAGAGCUAAGAAUCAUAAUUCGGAUCCAGAACACAGGGAGAGGGAUGAGGAACCCAGCCUCUCAGAGAGGAAUAAAAAUCACCGAGCAGUCCCACCAUGCAGGACGGAGCAGAAACGCACGCACACAUGGCAAAAUAACCCAGAGAGAGGUUGGCACGAGAAUGAGAGCGGCACAAAGCCGAACAUUCAGGAGAAUCGCAGGAGGGGGAGGUUCAGAAUAGAACCAUACCAACACCCCAUGCCACGACACACACAAGAUCAAAAUUACCCACAAAGAUGGCGAGGUAACAAUCCAGGAAAAAUUUGGCACCCAAAUGGGAGAAAUACUGGGCUAAAAAUGUACGAGAAUCGCAGGAGGGAGAGGUUCAGAGCAGAACCAUAUCAACACCCCAUCCCACGACACACGCAAGGUUCAAAUUACGCACAGAGAUGGCAAGAUAACCACCUAGCGGGAAGGUGUUACACAGACCGCGGAGGUAUGGAUGCGAACAUUCAGGAGAAUCGCAGGAUGGGAGGUCAAACACAAUCGAUCCAAUUUCGACCAAUUCCUCCCGGCUAUACCAAGAGGGAAUAGAGGAAUAACACAGAAUGCGGUCCAAAUACGUGAUGAACCAUCCACAGUGAGUGCGAGCGAGCGGCCAACACGCGCCCCACCCGCCGAGGUGUUAAACCCUGAGCAGGCUGCAAGUGACAGGGCUGAAUUGAAGUGUGAUCGGACGGUGGAUAGCAGACAGCAGAGACAAAGAGAGAACACAGAGACACGCCCUGAGGAGCGCAGGCGUGAGCCUUUGAAUGGAAAAUAUCCAAGGGAAACCAAAAUGUAUGUGGAUCGGAGUGCUAAAAUGGAGACGAAUGUUCAUGACAUAUCAGGAAUGGUGUUGGAAUCUAACACACUCGUAAAAACAAAGAGGGCAACAUUACGAGGCACAGAAUUAAGUCGACACACUGACUCGGCAAAUGUGCAUGUAAUCGCAGAGAGAGCGAAUGCCACGAACCAAGUGUCAAAAUGGGUCGUGUGCGCGAAUUCUGGUUACGUGCAGCACAAUUUUUCACCACACACUCCCACGACGCGAGAGAGUGAGAGAGGAAACUACAAAAACGAACCCGAAAACCGUGAUCAAAUUAUCAAAGUGAUAAGUGGUAAACCAGGCAACAUGAGGAAGGUAACGCAUAAAUGCGUUCGAAACCGCUACCUAGCGUUUCCCAGGAUUUAACAAAACAAAAAUGAAUGUUCGUCAGAGUUAUGAUGUAUGAGAACCGAUGUAACGCAAUAUCGAUGUUAACGGGUUGUUAUUUUCUUUGCUUAAUUCAAAUGUAACCAGGAUUUAACAAAAACAAAAAUGAAUAUUCGCCGGAGUUAUGAUGUAUGAGAACCGAUGUAACGCAAUAUCGAUGUUAACGUGUUGUUUAUUUUCUUUGCUUAUUUCGGAUGUAACCAGGUUAAGAUGGUAAUACGUGCACGCGCGUCGUAAGAAAUAACCGCCGAGAGUAAGGGCGGCUGAUGGGAUUCAUGACAUAAAAAGGGGGCAUUACUUUGUUUGAAAAUUCGCCAGUGGCCAAAUCGACCCCUGCUAAUUUUCAAACGGGCGGACUGUUGUGUAUGUACCCCCUUUUUAUUUUUUUUAAUAUUAUUUUUUUUAAGGCUUAUUCUGCCAUCAUAUAUAAUAUUGUUUUUUUAAUAGACACGGGGCCACGUGGGAACGAACACGCCCCCACACUUCCACAGAGGCCCCACACUUCCACAGAUGCGCGCAUACCUCAUUUCAAAGGAAAGACGGCAUGAAAGAGGGUAAUCAAGGUCAUAAACUCCCCGAAUUUCACACAAGAGGAACAAGGAAUGGGGGAAUUGCAGGCGGGGGGUUGCAGAACCAGGAGACACGGAGGAAGAGAUAAUUAUAUUCUUAACAAAGAAACAGCAUCGACGACAAAAAGCACAGAUGGGUCUUUGAACCAUGUUAAAUACACAAGUUACCAACUCAACCAUAAAGAUUAAGCAAACAGUAUCCAUCCUCACUCCAAUUGAAAACCAAAAGACAAUCUGCACCAGAAUCGCGACCCAUCAUUGUUAAUUAAGUACUGACAUUAUUUACCUUUAAAGAAUAUCUACACGGCCGGGCCGAAGCAUCAAAGAAUAAUUAGGGCAUCUAUUUCGCUCCAAAACAAAUUCCUAGCCGGGAUAUCAGAUCAAAUAAUCACAAGAAGUCGAAUAAUAAGUACGGAAUUAAAAUAGAAGAGGAAUCAAGGGCGGAGAAGGCUCUCAAAAUUAACCAAACACAACACCCAUGGGAAGCGAGCAACACGACCGCCUUUGUCUUUCCGAGAGGAUCUCCACACACAGGCACCAAGCCAGGAAAUGACACCCAUAAAGGUUGGGUCACGAUGAAACAUCGUGAACACGGUUUCGGCAUAACUGUGCAGAUGGAACCAAGCAGCAAAUAAGUUGCAUUUCAACUUCCAAACCAAACCAACUUAAGCUGUGUGAGACAAAGGAUGUGAUCCCAGAGCAAGGGAGGUAAUAAUUAAGCUCGCUUAACGCGUAAGUUUUCGCGACAAAUAUUAUUCAGUAACAAAACAUGGAUUCGAAUGUUUUUUUAUAACUCGACGCGAAUCAUCGGUCUGGCUAAUGGAUAACUUUGGUGGCACCGUCACGAGACCCCCACCCCUUUCUUCCAGAACGACACACACAGCUGUGUCUUCAAAGCUAAUAAACACACGGACAAACACGCACGCGAAACACACGGACGGACACACACACGGACGCAGAUGGUCCACCCCCACAGGAAGGUUUUAUGACACAGCCUUUGAACAACUCGGGAAGCCGAGUGGAAUUUUCCGAUAUAAACCGAAGGAAAAUCCAUACAAAGUAUAUCAUCCGGGCUUCGGCUCCAACACACAUAUCAUCCGGGCUACGAGCCCAUCUUCGGCUCCACCACAGAUCGACAGGGGCUCUGGCCCCCAUCACAGAUCUCCAGGGCUGUGGCUCCAUCUCUCCUUGUCGCCGCCAACGAAGAAGCUCCUGUCAUUCAGAAUGACGAGGUUUGCGGAGUAGCGACGCGUAGCUACAAGCCGAGGUCUGCACCACCUGAGAAGAAUCGCUACCCUGAGUCGCAGAGUUGCGAGUGAAGCCAACAAAGACGCCAACGUCCACCCUGCCACGAACGAAGCAUCGCUCCUCGUCAGAGUGACGACCAGCGAACAACCCGCAGGAAAGGCGGAGAUCGCUGAAAGAGCGCCAACGAGCAACAACCUUGCGCCACCGUGCGCCACCUUGCGCCACCUUGCGCCGCCGUGCGCCACCGCGCGCCAUCGAGCGACAACGAGCGACACCUUGCGCCACCGAGCGACACCGAGCGACCGAGCAUCUUCAAGGACAGCAUCGUGCCAACUCGUCAUCUAGCAGUAGAAAGAGAGAGCGCACGAGCAGCACCAAGCCCCCGGAACCAUCAAGCGCCAAGCAAGCAAGUUUCUUCAAGGAACAUCGUGCCAACGCCGCUCAAUCCAGCAGUGGAGAGAGAGAGGGAGAGCAAAGCCGAGCGACACGCCGAGCGAGGGAGCAGCAGGAGCUGUUCGUAUCCUCCCACACCACACAAGCUAACGACACAAUUAAUAUUACGAGGGGACAACGCACACACAGCACGCACACGAAUAAGACUUUAAAAGAAAACUGUCUUUUCGUUUCAAAAAGGGUUGCCAUUUCGAGGUGGUGCGUUCAAUAUCAACUGAUCGUGCAAAGCAGUUGCUGCCGUCGAGUUACAUAAAUGCAUAAGAGUUUUCGUUAUUCAUAUUGCAUAAUUGCAUAAUUUCGCAACUGCAUAAGUUUUUGUCGUUCAUAUUAGUUAAUUGCAUAAUCUUGCCCAUGAAUUAUUGACUCAUGUUUGACCUGCAUGAUAGAAUGUCGCGUGCUUGUUAGAAUAAAAUUGUUAUCACAGAAGCAUAUUGAGUGUUCUUUCCAAGUCCAUGCAAAACCAUCUUAUUCAUAAGAGCUGUAUCCUGCGAUGAGAUAUGAAAAUGGAGACCUAAAAUAUUAUAACACACACUAGGAUAAUCGGUAAAUGAAUCUAUGAUAAUCGUGUUAUCCUGAUUGAUAACUCUGGAUAAACGAAAGCAAAUUAUCAUAACUGCACACAUUAACAUAAUCGCAAGCCUCCGCAUAAAUUACUACGAUUAUCAUAAUUUAUGCAUAUAAUCACACGCAUUAUCAUAAUUUAUGCAUAUUAAUACACACACUAUCAUAAUUAAUGCGAUUUGCGCAUUUUUCGGAAAAUUAUUAAUUUUUAUUAUUUUCAUCAAAAUUUCAUAAUCACAACACAUACAACA